AUGUCUGGUAGCGGUCUAUUGAGGAUAUUCACGUUAACUAAAUGUAUCAACACUUCGACGUUGCUGGGCACGGCUCAAACAUCACACAGCAGAACACAGAUCUGCGGAUAUGCAAAGAAAGUCGGUGAGUAAAGAGCAGGACAUGUAGCACCAGAUCAAUAUUAAGGGUGUGUUUUUUGUGUUGUACCUAACCCUAAUCCUGGUCCUUGCAGUGGUCAAAGGAAGAAAUAAAGGCAUGGUAAUAGAAGAGAAGAAAGGUCCAGAGGUUUGUAAAGACCCUGUCCGACUGACUUCAUAUGCAGUAGGCGUCAACAUCUACAAAGAAGGAGAAGACCCAAAGCUGAAGCCUCCUGAAGAAUACCCAGAGUGGUAAGAGUGUGGAUUUUUAUUCCUUCUUAAAACCAACUUUUUUUUUUUACAUGUUUUAGUGGAAAGAAAGAAGAUUAAAAUGAAAAAUAUAAUGCAUCCAUGUGUCCAGAAUCCGAGUUACUGCAUGUUCACUUUUUUUGUAAAUGACUGCACUGCCAGGGCUGUAUAAUACUGCAUCUACACUUGUUUUACUUCACAAAGGGUUCAGCCCAUAGACUGUAUAUAGAAUGGACGCUGUCUGCCUCCUCGCUGGGUGAAGCCACUCCGAGAACAGCACCCUCUGGUGACGGGCUGUAGUAUAGGUCAUAAAUCCCGCCUCCUCCAGCAAUCCCUAUGGAGCUGUGGACAAACUUUAGAAAUUUAUUACACAGAAUAUAAAUUUUUCUCCCCCCGGUUGUGAUGUUGACAUGUAGUUACUGUCAGACUGGUUUGUGCUAAUGCAGGGUUUCCCCCUACAUGCAAAUGAUCGUGGCGCACCGCCACAACUAAAUAAAAGCUGCCGCACCUAAAAGCAUUAGUUUUUAUCUCACAUAGUUCUACCUCGGACUCAUAUGUAUCAGCAGUGUUUCCCCUACAUUCAUUCAGCAGCGGUGCACCGCCGCUGCUAAAUUACGUGCGCCGGUACUGAAAUCUCACAUGAUCAUUAAUAUCAAUGCGCCACUAAGGAUUCUACUUGCACUGUGUGAGUACAACAACACACAACAUUAUUCCUGACUUGUUAUGAGUCAUCAAGGAGCGCAUCAAAUCCUGUCAGACCCUCUUCCAUCAUUGUGAAAGGUAACGUUUAAGCUUAUACACGAUCUAUACAGCGAGUAGCAUUAACAGCAUUAGUAGCAUUAUAAUCAAUGCAGCUCUAGAGAUUUCUACUCGCACUGUGUGAGCACAACAACACACGUUAUUUUUGACUUGUUCUGAGUCAUCAACGAGCGCAUCAAAUCCUGUCGGAACCCUCUUCUACUAAUGUGAAGAGUAACGUAUAAGCUUAUACACGGUCUGUAUAGCGAGUAGCGCAGGUAACGUAAUGUGAAUGUAACAGCGUAGCUCCUGGAAGGGCAAGAGGGUGGGGGGUAACAACAAAGGUUGGUCAAAUUGGCAUGAGCAGUCCUGUGACAGCCAUUUUUUUAAAAUAAAAUUUGCUGUGUAUACCAUGGUGGCUCACAAAUCAUCUCGCCCUUCAGGUCAUGCUGUGCAGGUGUUGCAGAUAUACAAAACAUCUGGUUAAGUCUGAGUCCACAGUUUGGUUUGUUUCCUCAUACCAAUCCAAUCCAAUCCACUUUAUUUAUAUAGCACAUUUUGAAAAACAUUCAAGUUUACCAAAGUGCUGCACAGUAAAAUUAAAAGAACAAACACUGCAGAAAACAUCAAGAUGAAAUAAAAAUGGGUAAAAAAUAAAAUGAAUGAAAUAAAAACACAAAAGCAUAAAAGAAAUAAAAGUGAAUAACGGACCAUAAAAGACAUAAAAAGACAGAAAUCACACAACUCUCAUGCUGAGCUAAAGCCAAGGAAUAAAAAUGAGUUUUAAGACGCGUUUUAAAAGAUGAAAGCGUGUGAGGGAAGCCUAAUAAACACUGACGUAAAGAGCGUUACAGUAGUCCAACCAUGUGGAAAUAAAAGCAUGAAUGACUCGUACAUAAUUUUAAUGUGGUAUUUUCAGUCAGGUCCACUUGUGUUACUGAGGUUUUUUAUGUCAAGUGUUUAUUUGUAUAAUUUUUAUUUACAUGUUUUAAUAAAUAAUUUAAUAAUAAAUAAUAAUUUUAAGAGGCAUUCAAUGUGUCGAAAGAGUAUCUUUGCUAUUUUUUUCAAACUUUCACCAUGUGCUUUAAUGUGUUUUCACUCACCUGAUUGCUCUCUUCUUUGAUUAUUUUCUCAGGUUAUUCCAGUUGAAGCUGGGAAAACCCUCAAAGCUGCAUGAGCUGGAUCCAGACACCUGGGAGUACUGGAAGCGUCUUAGGAAGGAAAACAUUUGGCGUCACAACAGACUUCAUAGAGGAAAGAGUUUUUAA